AUGAUUUCCUUCCGGUCCUGGUUCAAUCUCACGGGACCUCCGCCAUACACGCCAAUAGGUGAACCCCCAUCCGACGAGAAAUAUCUUCAGGAGACGUCCAAGUACUGGUUCGGCAACAUCGAAGGCUUCACAAAGUUCACUAGCCUCAGGAAGCCUAGCAACAUGUCGUCGACCUCCUCGACGAAAGACAUCAUCAUGGUGGACACUCGGCCAAACUCUCCGUCAACUGAUGUUGAGGCAGAGCCUCUCAUCCCGCAGCCUACUGUCCAUCAGCCUCCCUCAGACAGCGAUGACGGAGAUAAGGAUGAACCUGGGUUUGCCGUUUACGUUGACGCCGUCGGCUUUGCUCACGUCGUCUGCUUCAUCUUAGCACUCGGCUCCCUCUUCACCUUCUCCGUCACCGGUGGCAGACUGGGUGACCACAUCGGCGACUGGCCUGGCCAGUACGCGGUCUACUGGAUUGCCAUGGUUUGGAACUUCGCAGGGAACGUGCGCAAGCUCUUCAGAAUCAGUCUGCGAAACACGCACAUCCGUGUUGCCAUCAACAGCAUGGAGUGUUCCAUUGGCGGUGUUGGCGGCGAGAGCCCUAGCGGCAUGCUGCUUCGGAAAUUCUGCUCCUCGAUCAUUCACCUGACCGUCGGCAUGCUGGUUAUUGGGUUCACGGCCCAUGCUGGCAAGGAGAUGGGGCGUUGCUAUGGAUCGUACUGGUCGUGUCGUGACUCGAACUUUAGUCCUGUCGUAAUAGGCUUUGCUUCGGCUCUCGGGGCUAUUCAGACCAUCCUCGCCUUCAUGGAGCCUUUCCCUAGGUUGGUGUCUAAAUAUGUGUGUAUCCGCUUCUCUAUCGGGACAGUGAAUCGGAAAGAUUUAGAGAGUGCCAACAUCUACUUGGCCUGA